GUUUGGCCAUCGUCGGUAAUCCCGGAGCUCGAGCGGAAGCUGUCUGUUUUUCCUGUUAUUUUUCGGCCGCUGGCGUCUGACUUUGGUGGCGACCGCAGUGCAAAUUUUCAGUUUUUGAUAUUCAAUUCAGCGUGGUUCAUAUAUACAACGGCCACAAUGCCUCGCAAGUUUUUCGUGGGUGGAAACUGGAAGAUGAAUGGGGACAAGAAAAGCAUUGACGGAAUCUGCGACUUUUUGAAGAAGGGUCCUCUCGACAAGAAUGUGGAGAUCGUCGUUGGAGUUCCAUCAGUUUACCUGGAGUAUGCUAAAUCCAAGGUUCCUGCUGGUGUUUUGUGUGCUGCCCAAAACUGUUACAAGGAGCCAAAGGGUGCAUUCACUGGUGAGAUCAGCCCAGAGAUGCUCAAGGAUAUCGGCAUUGAGUGGGUAAUCCUUGGACAUUCUGAACGCAGAAAUGUGUUUGGUGAGACAGAUGAACUGAUUGCUGAAAAGUGCAAGCAUGCUCUUGACACUGGUUUGAAGGUCAUCCUGUGCUGUGGAGAAAAGCUGGAAGAGAGGGAAGCUGGUAAAACAGAGGAAGUGGUGGUCCGUCAACUGACUGCCUGUGCAAAGAAGAUAAAGGACUGGACUCAUGUUGUUGUGGCCUAUGAGCCAGUUUGGGCUAUUGGCACGGGAAAAACAGCCACCCCUGCUCAGGCCCAGGAAGUCCAUGCCCAGAUCAGGAACUGGAUGAAGGAAAAGAUCAACCCUGGUGUUGCUGACAACACAAGAAUCCUGUAUGGAGGCUCUGUCACAGCUGACAACUGCAGGGACCUGGCCAAGCAGCCAGAUGUUGAUGGAUCUCUGGUUGGAGGAGCUUCCCUGAAGCCUGACUUUGUGAAGAUUGUGAAUGCUGCAAAGUAGUUUGCUGAGUGGGUUUGCUGAGGCUGCUAAGCAGCAAGUGGGCUGGCUUUGUGGCAUGCAGGGCAACAAGAUGCAGGAAUGGUUAAAAAUUCAAUGUUUGCUGUAUUCAUUUUGAGGGAUACCUCUAGUCUGUCUCAAUAAGAAACACAACUUGUGAUAUCCUGCCAUGCUCUAUGAACUACAUGUUAGCUAUUUGUGGUCAAAUAUAUUGUGGCUCAACAGCUGCAUUGGAA